GUGUGCGCCCCCGCUCUGACCCAAAAAUUGUCCCUUUCCUUCAUCCAAAUUCCUGAUUUUUGAUUGGAAGAAGGGUUCCGAGUGGAGGAGUUCGGGAACGACCCCCAGCGUCUCGGAAGUUCGGACUUGCCGAUUUGCGAUCUAACUUCAGUCUAUUCUCCGCUCUCGCGUACGCUACAGGUCUCACCUGCUGAGUAUUUUUCUCUGCUUUGGUAACCGUGGUUCAGAUCCAUCAUCCGUUGAUUGAUUUUUUCUCCCAAAUCCCAAACAAGUCAAGGAACAGAAGGCCGGCUACGAGCUCUAAGUCCCACGUCUCCGACUAUCGCGGUAAAGAGUAAAGGUGAAUCAUCGAUAUCGGGAUUUGUUCCGCGUGCGCGUCUCGUGAUAGGAUUCGCGCGUUCCAAGGCCAGAGAUCGGCGUCGCAAGAUCGCGACUCAAAUGAACGGCAAGCCCAGUAUGUCAAACUACAUAGAUCUUGUUCAAAAAACGAGAGAUGCCUUCUUUAGUGGAAAAACUCGUCCUCUGGAGUGGAGAAUCAAACAACUGAAGCAGUUUGUAAAAAUGCUUGAAGACAAUGCAACUGAAAUCCAGGCUGCUCUUCAGAACGACUUACGCAAGAGUAAGUUCGAGUGCUACGCCCUGGAGAUAGACUAUACAAUAAGUGAAGUCAAAGAUAUGUUGCGUAACAUAAAGGAAUGGGCGGCCAUAGAAAAGCCUUCCAAACCAAUCGUCAACAUCCUAGACGGUGUCGAAAUUCACAAAGAUCCUUAUGGAGUAGUUCUCGUAAUCGGAGCCUGGAAUUAUCCUUUACAAUUGACCCUGGUACCAAUGAUGGGAGCCAUAGCAGCUGGAAAUUGUGUCAUCGUUAAACCUUCUGAAGUAUCUCAAUUCACUUCAAAAAUUAUCGCAGAAUUGAUCCCAAAGUAUUUGGACAAUGAAUGCUUUGUCGUUGUAAGUGGAGGCGUUUCAGAAACGACGGAACUCUUGAAGCAGAGGUUCGAUUAUAUAUUUUACACGGGUUCGACUGCUGUUGGAAAAAUUGUCCGAGAGGCUGCAAACAAAUAUUUAACACCAGUCACUUUGGAACUCGGUGGCAAGAGUCCUGUUUACAUAGACAGCUCGGCAGAUAUAAGUAUUACCGUCAAGCGUGUUUUGUGGGGAAAAUUUAUAAAUAAUGGACAAACGUGCAUUGCACCUGAUUACAUAUUAUGCACCUCUGAAGUUCAAAAUCAGUUUGUCCAGGAAGCGAAGAAAGUUCUUAAGGAAUGGUACUCUGAAAAUCCACAAGAAAGUCCCGAUUUGUGCCGCAUUAUUAGCGACAAUCACUUCCAACGCCUGUCCAAAUUUUUAUCGAAUGGAACAGUCGCAGUUGGAGGCAAAACCGAUCCUUCCGAAAAGUACAUCGAACCGACGAUUCUUGUCGACGUUAAACCCUCAGAUCCAGUGAUGCAAGAAGAGAUAUUUGGCCCAAUUUUGCCCAUCGUUAAUAUCAACAAUGCAUACGAAGCCAUCAGAUUUAUAAACGACCGCGAGACCCCACUCACAAUGUAUAUAUUCACAAAGGACAAUGGAGUAGGAGAUUUAAUAAUAAGUCAAACCAGAAGUGGUGCAGUUUGCGUCAACGAUACAAUAAUGCAGUAUAGUGUUGAUUCACUUCCAUUUGGAGGAGUUGGUGGUUCUGGAAUGGGGGCUUAUCAUGGAAAAUUGACUUUCGAUACAUUUGUACACAGGAAAGGAUGUCUGUUUAAAAGUUUCAAUAAGAUUGGAGAGUCUUUAGGAUCCUCACGAUAUCCGCCUUACACAGAUAGAAAACUGUCUCUUUUACGAGUCCUGAUGGCGAAAAGACCAGAUAUUCCCGGAAUAAAAUAUUUGCCUCAUCUUUUUAUGUUUGGAUUGGGUGUUGCAGUUACUUUUGGUGUCAAAGCUGCCCUGAAGGGAUCUGACCAUGAGGUUGAGCUAUGAGCAGUAAUGAAGAAUAUCAUCACUUCUUGAUAAAAACGGAUUUUUACGUUUUUUCUCUGCAACGAUUAUUUUGUAUAACUUUACAGUAGAAAUAUUCAAAGUUAAUGCAUGCGAAAAUGUCUUCGUGAGAAAGAAACGCUCUCAAAUUUGAAGAAUUCCCAAUUUAUUUUACUUUUUUCACGAGGCAGCAAUUUUUUCAAGGACUUUUGCUUUUAAAAAAAGUCUUUAAUUUGUUAAGAAAAUUGUUAUUCUAUUUGUUAUCUUUAUCGAAUAUUGAAUAGUGUCUUAUUCGAUUAUUUGAAAGAAUGUUUACAUCACAAUUAUGCGUAAGUAAGAAAAUAGUAUUAAUUUAAUGAGUCACUCGAAGUUUUAAUUUUAAAUUAGGUUUGCACUUUGUAAAUUGUAUUUUUAGUAGCAAUUCUUUCGAUAUUUAAAAUUUGUACCUGGAAAAACAAUUGACAGAGAUUUCGAAUGAUAGAAUGGUAAUUUUUAUAGAAAAAGUGUUGCAAA